AAGAGAGAAUCUGCGAAAGCUUAGAGCCGAAGGCAUCUGUCUUUAUUUUCAUCUUCUCUCCUGUUCGACUCUACUAUCUACCAGAAAUGGACGGAGCAGGUUUCAGCAGCCUGGAUGAGGGCUGUAUUACCCACAUUCUCUCCCUCACUUCUCCUUCACAUGUGUGUAGAUCGUCUUCGGUCUGUUCUAUCUUCCAAUCAGCAGCGGAAUCUGACGCUAUCUGGGAGAGAUUUCUGCCGUCCGAUUACUCGGAUAUCCUGUCCAGAUCGGUUUCCCCCGUACAUUUCUCAUCCAAGAAGGAUCUCUAUUUCAGUCUCUGCAAACCAAUUCUGAUCGAUGAUGGCAAAAAGAGUUUUUGGUUGGAAAAAUCAAGUGGAAAGAAAUGUUAUAUGGUGUCUGCUAGAGAUCUAUCAAUAUCGUGGGGAGAUGAUGAUCGGUAUUGGCGAUGGCCCGUUCCUCCUUGUACAAGUGUCUUUCCUGAAGUAGCCGAGUUGAUCUUGGUCUGGUGGUUCAACCUUAGUGGCUCCAUCGACAUGGCUGCUCUCUCCCCAGGCACCAUGUACACUGUUCGAUUCAUCGUAAGGCACACGGCUCACCACUAUGGAUGGCAACAUGCGCCGGUCAACUUAUCUUUGCAUGUAAAGAACAAUCCACACGCACAAACACGUAAGGUGUUGAUGUUGCCGGAUCAGGAAGGAAGUGUCCUCCAACCAAGUGUGGAAAACAAUGGAUGGAUGGAGGUGGAAGUGGGAGAAUUCUUUUGUGAUGGAGAUGGAGAAGUUGAGUUUAGGAUGUAUGAGUUACAUGAAUAUAAGGAAGGGAUUAUGGUUAUGGGUGUUGAAAUAAGGCCAUCUACAAUGUAUUGGGAGCCAAGGAAACAGAACAGUGUGGGAACUGAACAAAGCGUCGGAUAUGAUAGUGAAGGAAGUGCCAAUUUAUCCAUUGGAUAUGAUAGUGAAUGGGGAGAAACAGCAGCAGCGGCGGCUGCGGAUUUCGACGGGUUGAACGAGAGCUGUAUUUCUCACGUCCUCUCCCUCACCUCUCCUCCAGAUGUGUGCCGAUCGUCAGCCGUCUCUACCAUCUUCCGAUCCGCAUCGGAAUCUGACGCCGUUUGGGAGAGAUUCCUGCCGUCGGAUUAUCCAGAGAUCCUCUCAAGAUCGGCUUCUCCUGUGGAUUUCUCGUCCAAGAAGGAGCUCUUUUUCCGCCUCUGCGAUUCGAUUCCCGUCGACGGGGGUAAAAUGAGAUUUUGGUUAGAAAAAUGGAGUGGGAGAAAAUGCUAUACGUUAUCUGCAAGAGAGCUUUUGAUUAUAUGGGGAGAUACUCCUAGGUAUUGGAGGUGGAUUUCUCUACCUGAAUCAAGGUUCUCAGAGGUGGCGGAGCUCUUAGGUGUGUGUUGGCUGGAGAUCCACGGCAAGUUUGAAACCUGCAUGCUCUCUGCGAAAACGACUUACUCAGCUUUUCUCAUCGUAAAAUUCCUCAAUGAUGUGCAAGGACUCGACUCCCUUCCUAUGGAGCUAACGGUUAGAUUGGGAGGCAAGGUGUAUAAUAAACACACAGCUUAUUUACUAGCCUCAGAGAGCCGAAGGCAACGGCAUCAAACUAACCUAGAACGAAUGAAAGAAUUCAUGAAUACAUUACCCUGUUCACGACCGAAUAGGUCUAGACGCAUUAACAUGGAGAAUGUUCGGAUUCCAAGUGCCAGAACUGAUGGAUGGAUGGAGAUUGAUAUGGGCGAGUUCUUUGUCGAUGAGAGAAGUGAAGGGGCAGUGGAGAUGAGUUUGAUGGAAGUGAAGGGUGGCCAUUUGAAGGGUGGAAUGAUCAUAGAAGGCAUUGAGAUAAGGCCCAAGAAGUGAAGCAUUUAGUAGCGCUAAUACACUUGCUUUUGCUCCUUCAUUUACUUGUAUAAGAAUACAUUGGGCUCUGUUGUUAGUGUUUACCAUCUGAAGCUUUUUAUUUUUUCCUUAGUUCAGAAAUAAAAUGAUCAACUUAAAAUCCAAAGUAAUUUCUUCAAAACAAUCGAAUGCAACAUUGUAUUCACGACAAACAUAUUAGAUUCACCACAAAAUGCUCGGCCUGAAAUAAUGGCAUUUA